GACAUUUUCGUCCCUGAGCAUUUGAAAAUACUUUUAAAUCCCUGACCUUCACAAAUCUUGGACGGAUGAGUCCCUCCGUCGAAUUGCCUCUGCCAGACUCGCCGGAGAAGUCUGAUGUGGCUCUCGUGCGGAUGACGUGGCAUGACUGGUUGACACCUGGACUGCUGACUGGAAAGCUACAUUAUAAAAUUGGACAAAUAAGUCCCUGCACCACUAAACUACGUCGUUUUGAUUUCAUCCCUUACAAAGUCCCUUACAAUACCCAUUACACCCAUACCACCCUUUCUGAAUUGCAUAAAACCCUAAGGAUACCAACGAUCAUCAUACUCUGUUUCUCCCUCCAAAAAGAUCACUACCCAGGCUGAGACAUUUGCCGUGUGCAGUGACCGUCGAAGAGGCCUCCAUUGUUGUCUGAGUUGCUGUCUUCGUCACCGAAGAUGGUUGAUGUGUUUGUGGUGCCUGUAUUCCACCAUGGAGGUAAUUUUGUGAGAGAAAGUAAUGGCUCUCUGGUUUACAAAAAUGGGAAGGUGGAGAAGUUUCCAGAAAUGGACCUGGACUUCGUUAAUUUCGGAGACUUGAUCAUAUUGUUCAAGGGGUUGGGGUACCAAUCAUACAAGACAGUUUAUUGGUAUGAUCCAAGGAGUCCUGAUAUUGAGUCUGGGCUGCAUAUUUUGACAGGAGAUGCAGGGAUUAACGCAAUGCGAGAGAACAAAAUGAAGAAUACAGAGACGGAUGAGUUUUACCUAUACUUUGACCACCCUGUUGAUGAACCUGAGAUUGUGGAGGAUGCUGGAAAGCAAACUAACACUCCUGAUGAUGGAGAGAUUUUGGUGGAUGAUCAGAGUUCGUCAUCUGAUGAUGGGUACGAGAGUACGGAGGAUGAGCCCUACAAACCUCCACCUCCCGGAUUUGAAAGUAAUAGACAUCUUGAUGGCUGUUUUCUGAAGACUUAUUACGGUGGACAACUCCUCACAGCAGUGGCUCAGGAUGCAAAUAACCAAUUUUACGUGGUUGCCUACGGAGUAGCUAGCUAUGGAACUAAGGAGUCCUGGAAGUGGUUUUUGACUCUGCUCCAAGAGGAUUUGGGGGAUGUGCAGACUCAUGGUUGGAACUUUAUGUCCGACCAACAAAAGGUUAUUUCUUAG